CAUGGCUGAAAACAGUAAAGGCGGAAUACUAGCCAAGGCACAAAAACGACUUACUAGAACUAAAACAAAGGUGUUACAGAAUUUAGGUCGUGCAGAACGAACACACGAUGAGACUUUUGACGAAUAUGUAACCAAAGUCGAGAGGCAACAGGACGUUGCCCAUAGGAUACAAAAGGAACUAAAAAAUUAUUUACAUUGUGUGAGAGCUUUAUCCCUAGCAAGCAGAUCCUUCUACGCUUCAGUUUCUGAGAGUUAUGAACCCGGUUGGACAAGAGAAUCAGAGUUCAAGGAGAAAGUUCAGUCUUUAGAUCUGCUAUGGACGGACUACCUACAGAAGCUACACGAGCGAUCCCUGGAGCCAAUGAAUACAUAUCUCCUCUCCUUCCCAACUCUCAAGGCCCGUGUGUCGAAGCGUGGAAGGAAGCAGGUUGACUACGACAAUGCCCGACAUAACCUGGAAGUCUUACAGAACGCCAAGAAGAGGGAUGAUGGCAAGAUACUCAAGGCCCAAGAGGAGCUAAAUGAAGCCAAGAAGAUCUAUGAAGAUCUCAACAAUGACCUGCACUCAGAAUUGCCAGAUUUCUACAACAGCCGAGUCACAUUCUAUGGCGAUAUGUACCAGAAUCUGUUCGGAGCUGAAAAUAUUUUCCACCACGAAAUUGCCAGGGUUUCUGAAGAUGCAAACGACAUCAAUACACAGUUGUCCAAAGAUUUUGCACAGUUUGUAUAUAAACCAAAGAGGCCGCUCAGCAAGUCCCUCUCGGAUGGUUUUGAUGAGGCCCCAGUAGAGAAUGGACAGCACCAUCCAGAUGAGGUGACAGGAAUGAACCUGUCCCAGGGUUUCCCCUCUGAGCGCCACCAACACACCUGCCAACAGAAUGGAGACCAUGUUGAGGAUGAUGAUGGAAGCACUCAAGACAACAUUUAUAGCAAUCAGGAUGUCAUCGAGCAGCUGAAGGAGGAGAAGCAGCAGGAGGAGGAGAAACAGGAGGAGAAGAAACAGGAGGAGAAGAAAGAGGAGGAGAAGAAAGAAGAGGAGAAGAAGGAAGUGGAGACAGAAACCUCCCAGGCCGAAGCAGAGGUCAAGGUCAGUGAUGAGGUCACAGUCAAUGGUGAGGUCAAGGUCAAUGGAGAUAUUCAGUCUGAGCAGUCUGAUGAAGAUAGACAUGGCGAACCCAAGCCUGUAGACGUUCCAGAUUACGGGCCCCCACAACCGCCACCAGAGGGAGCUGCAAAGGAAGACAAGGAGGAAGAGGUCAAGAAGGACACCGUGGACAGCUCCGAAGUGAAGGAGGUCACAGAGGAUAGCGUGUAUGAUGAGCCUAAGCCAGUCAAGGAGAAAGAGGAAGAGAAGAAAGCUGCAGUAUAUCAAGUGCCCCCCUCAAACAAGCCAUUGAAGGAACCUCCUCCAGAUGUCCUUUAUGUGGUCCAGUCAACUCAUCCCUAUCAGAGUGAAGACCAGGAUGAACUCAGUUUCGAAUCUGGAGAAAUGAUCUAUGUGAUUAAGUUUGAAAACCCAGAUGAGCAGGUAAAUAUAUCGCUCAAAGAGCUUCAACCAUUUACUAAUGAAUUUGUCGUCCAAUAAGCAUUAAGUGUUGGGGCUUUCACUCUAAACGCUACAGUGGCCGACGUGUGUUUCUCGGUCCAGAUCCACAAAGCAUUCGUGUUGUUACGACCUAUCGUACCUCUAUACUUUACUGUAGGCUUAUGAAUGGUAUAGUGCUAUGAACGUUUUGUGGAUGGGUCCGAGAUGUGUUAUAAAUGACUUGGUACAGUUAUAUUCAAACAAGUAAUCUGUUCACAGAU